CACUCGCUUGUUUAUUCCUGGUCUGUGUCGCACCGCUGAUUCACUGACUUCGCCUGAUUACCUGGAGCCACAGUCGGCGUUUACACCUCGGACUGUAGCGCACAGCUCCUCCGCAUAAAGAGGGUCAUCGGGUGUAAUCGAGAAGAGGCUGCUGGGCCAAGUUCCACUUUGGGAUCAUAAAUAUAUUAAAUUGCCUCUCCGAGUGAAUCUAUAAAAGUCUGGGUUCAUGCCGGAUUUCGAGCACUUCAGAUUUUCCUACUCUAGUAUGAAUCCGGUCCUGGAGGAGAGCGGUUUCCUGGCACCGCAGCAGCAACAUCCCCAAAUGCCGAGCCAAACAGAUUCCGCCAUCCCAGACCCGGGCUACUUCCUGGGGGACCACGGCAGGUUCGGGCUUGAUGGGUUGUCCGGGCUGGACCUGGGCGCUCUGCCACCGUCGGGCCUCGCCUACCUGCACCUGAGCAGCCCCUUGCACCGCGUCCCCCCGGCGGCCACGGCUCUGCGCAACGACCUGGGCUCCAACAUCAGCGUGCUGAAGACCCUGAACCUGCGCUUCCGCUGCUUUCUGGCCAAAGUGCACGAGCUGGAGCGCAGGAACAAGGUGCUGGAGAAGCAGCUGCAGCAGGCUUUGGAGGGCAACAGCGGGGGCGAUGGACACCAGAAGCCCCUCACCAAAGACAUAGGAGUCCAGACCGGAUUCAUCGGGCCUAUCCCUCCAAGGCCGGGUUUCAUCCCGCUCCUCAACGCCAACAAUUCUGCCUACCUGCCCGGAGGCCUCCUUUCCCCCACCUUGAACCCCCCUCCUCUGUUUGACAACAAAUACCUGAGCACGGAUUCAAACUCCAACCUCACCACCUCCGGCUUCUCCAUCAGCCCGGCUCUGAGUCCCAUGGACCCAACCAAAACCAUCACCAACAUCAACGAGAAGUACUCCACCCACACCGGGACAAACACCUCCAACGCUCCCCCACCUCCCCCUCCUCCGCCACCUCGCUUCCUCCCCGGGACGAUCUGGUCUUUCAACCACACCCGCCGCUUUGGCACCGGGAGGGAGUCGUGCGUCACGGGGCCCGGGGUCUCCUGGACGCACCCGGACGGCGUUGGAGUCCAGAUCGACACCAUCACGCCGGAGAUCAGGGCUCUGUACAACGUGCUGGCUAAAGUGAAGAGAGAAAGGGAUGAAUAUAAAAGGAGAUGGGAGGAAGAGUACACAGCCAGAAUGGACCUGCAGGAGAAGGUGGCUGAACUCGAGGAGGACCUGCAGGAGAGCGAGGUGUGUCAGGACGAGCUGGCUCUGAGGGUGAAGCGGCUGAAAGAGGAGCUCGUUCUCUUCAAAGGACUCGUCAGCAACAACCUGUCAGAUCUGGACACUAAAAUCCAGGAAAAGGCCAUGAAGGUGGACAUGGAUAUCUGCCGCCGGAUUGACAUCACCGCCCGCCUCUGUGACGUUGCCCAGCAGAGGAACUGCGAGGACAUGAAUCACAUCUUCCAGGUAGAUCCACGGCCACAAAAUGUCCUGAACCACAGUCUGCUGCAACUUUCAAACCAACCCGUCUCCACGCAGCAGGUGCCCACGCCGCCCUCCACUUUGAGCCGCCGGGUCAGAAAACACAGCGGGCAGUCAUUGAAGGGCGGGGACGGAGACGAGCUCAGCGUGUCGGAGAGCGAGGGAGGUGGGGCCAAAAGCGAGGAUUCAUGCAGCACGUCGGCCAAUCAGAUUAAUGAGCAGAUGCAGAAGAUGCUGAACCAGCUGAGGGAGUGUGAGUUUGAGGAUGACUGUGACAGUCUGGCCUGGGAGGAAACUGAAGAAACUCUUCUCCUGUGGGAAGAUUUUCCAGGAUACACACUAGGAGUGGAACCACAAGGAGAGGAGGAGUCCAUUGAGGAAGUGAUCAAAGACACGGAGUCUCUGUUCAAAUCCAGAGAGAAGGAAUACCAGGAGACCAUCGACCAGAUCGAGCUGGAACUGGCCACAGCGAAGAGCGACAUGAACCGCCACCUGCACGAGUACAUGGAGAUGUGUUCAAUGAAGAGAGGCCUGGAUGUCCAGAUGGAGACCUGCAGGAGGCUCAUCACACAGAGUGGAGACAGGAAGUCCACCUCGCUCAUCUCGCUGACGGUGGAUGACUCUGACAGCGAGGAGAAGGACAGGAAGAAGCCGGCGCUCCCCGCCGACUCUGAGAUCAGCGACUCCUGCUGCGGCGUCAACGCCGCCAUCCCACCUCUGACCUGGAGGAAACCCUAAUACACGCUUCCUCUGAGGAAGAACAAUGCAGAGCUUCCACACGUCUAAAAUCAUGUCUCUGUGAUUUCUGUCACAUUUUAAGUCUCCAGUGUGAUUUUUACUGAUCGUAAAGUCAGGCCAACAUGGCAGCCGGAGAUUCAGAGCCAAGCGUGGAGGUUUUUACUGCUUUGAGGAAGAAGAGCUUCUCCUUACUGAUGAACCUGUAGUUUCUUUGCAAUAUUAGUUAUAGUAUAUGAAGUCAUUUUAAUUAAAAAAGCAGCAAUAGUAAUAGAGUGUGCGAGUGCUGCCCUCACAUGGUUACCAGCUGUAACUGCACAUCUGGAGGUCAAAACUUUACCGCACUUUAAAGAAAAGAUGAGAUGCCUGUGAGCUACAUUAUUGUAUUUGCACACCGAGCUCACCAAAACCGUUGUUUGUAAAAUGUCUCUAACGCUGCAGGAUUAAAAGGACGCACAUACAGGCUGUAAUGCAGAAAGAAAGCAGUUUGCACAGCUCACUGUUCCAGCUCCAUAUUAAAGUGCAGUGGUUUUAUAUUACACUGACAUUAGCAGCAGCUUCAAAAUGUUAAAGCUCACGUUUAAUUUGAUUCUUUCUAACUGUAGUCAAGACAAAAAUCCAGUGAAAGACCAGCUCGCCUUAAACCGAUUUCCAGGACUUUUUUUGGUGUGGGGGCAUUUUGAAGGUUUAACCUUCACAA